AUGCAAAUAGACAAAUGCUUGAUCUUGUGUUACAUUCUGUUGCUGGCCUUCGAAAGUGUGGAAUGUAGAAGAUUCCGUAAACUGGGAAAGGACGACACAGGUUUGGUGGCACUUGAAGCCGAUGACGAUGACGAUCAUGGCUCGUUUAAAUUCGAUGAUGAUGGAGAGGGCGACUCAACCAAACCUGAUAAGCACGACGACGACACAGUGCUCGGACACGAAGGAGAAGUCAACGACGAACAAAACACUGUCAGAACCAUUGAUUAUCCAAAUGGUGAUCAUUAUGAAGUGGAACGAAAUAUGUCGAACGGGGCUAAAAACGGAAAGGGUACCUUUAUUUAUGCUGAUGGAACGAAAUAUGUUGGUUCAUUUGUGGACGACUGGUUCAAUGGAAAAGGUGUGAUGACAUGGAAAAACGGUAAUAGCUACGAAGGUGAUUACGUCAAUGGCUCAAGAGAUGGUUCUGGUACUUUCAAAUUUGCCACUGGAGCAGUAUAUGUUGGUCCAUUCAAGAAUGGAGAUUUCAAUGGAGAAGGCGUGAUGACUUGGAAAAGCGGUGAUCGUUACGAAGGUUCUUUUGUAAAUGAUAAAAGAACUGGACGCGGUAUACUUUAUUUUGCCAAUGGUGAGGUGUACACAGGAUCGUUCCGCAAUGAUAAAUUCCAUGGAUACGGCGUGUAUAGAUAUAAAAAUGGCAAUGCGUUCAAAGGCAACUGGGAAAAUGGAAUGAAGAAUGGUAAAGGUAAAAUCAUCUAUGGUGAUGGAACAAUCAAAGAAAGCGUUUGGAAGAAUGACGAACCGAUCAGUUAG